UCCUUUCUUCUAUAUGAAUUGUUGAUUAUUUUAGGUAAUGUGUCAUAAAAAGAUGCAGGUUUUGCUUUGAUUUUUGAUAAGUUAAUUAACUUAGAUUAAGAGGCUAAGUUCUGUUUUGUUUGGUUACCUAGAAAACAUACAGAAGGGAGAGAGUAAUUUGAGAUCAUACAUUUUCUUUGUAGUUUCUAAAGAGUACGACACUUAACAUUUUCUAGGUUUUGUUCGUUUUCUCGAGACUAUGAUUAAGAAAAUGUAUGAUUUAAGUUUGUUUUCUCUUGCUGGCCAAACAUGAUGUUAAACGUAUAGUUGUGACUAAUUAGUGUAACUAAAUAUGAGACUCGUCACUUUGGUUUAGGCGACUUGGUUAAAAGUAGUUUUGUGUCAUUUAUUGUGGAUAAUGAACUUGUUCUUGAAUUUGCCGAUCUGUUAAGAGUAAGAUUCUGCUUAUCUCGAUCUGAUUGUUGUUUAUAUCCGUGCUGGAUUAUAGAAUUUUUUGUUUCUAAUGGGAUACCUGAUUCUCUUGUGGUACCGGUUUUUUGUUGUUGUUGUUGUUUUUGCUGUUGUCCUGCUCUGGUGUCUUGUUUGGAAGUAGUUUGCUGCUUUGCAUUGAUAUCAGCUGUUCUUGUUUCACUUUUCUUUUGUUUGAAGCAUUAUAUAGUUUUUAAUGCCUCUUAUAAAGUAAAUGUUUAUAGCCAAUCAUGUAUGGAAUGAUUGGAUAUCAGAUGCUUGCCUAUUGUGUAUAGUUUUCUUGGGGUGAUUAUGGGGUUCAUUGCUCAUAAAUUCUCUGUAAUCAAGUCAUUGAGGCCAAGUACCACAGAAUCUUUUUGUAUCUUUGACAUUGUUAGGAGUGCAAAUUGUCAAAAAAUUACUUGGAAAUAAUUUGCUAGGUUGAUUAUCUAAAUAAGAUGCAUUAGUUAUACUAGAUGUAAAUGAAAAUACCAGUUUUGAAAUCAAGAUCCUUUGGAAAAUCAGAUAAGUAAAGCACGAAGGAAAUUUUAGCUUUCUAACUUGGUAGGUUCUAGCCUAUUAGCGGCCACCAUAUUGUACUUUCUGGUUGUUCUGGCUGUGAGAGCACUGUCGUUAAUGGCAAAAUUGCGUCAGUGGAACCUCAUUUCCAACGUUGAGAGGUCCAGAAUCUUUAUGGUUGGCUGGUAGUUUAUUGCUAAUAACGCAGUGGUCCUUUAGUUUACCAGACCAUUCACUUGAUCCAAAUUUUGCCUUUGUUUCCCUUGAGUGACGGUCAAUUUUGAGAUGCUGAGUCCUGGGCAUCUUCCCCUGGAGCAGGCAACGACCCUGGGAGGAGUAUCUAGAGAGGGAAAACUGCCUUCAUUUGAGAGCUACAGCGACUAAUGUAUUUUGAUUCUGAUACACUUUUUAAGUAUCAGCUUAUUAAGGACAUUAUAACAAUCUUUUUGUGUGAUGUGAGAUUGCAGUUGCGUCUGCGCAGGAUAAGUAGUUUGAAUCUACACUUACUAAAAUUUGAGGCAGUUUCUGUUGUGGUCAUACCAUGUAAGGUUUCAGAUGCAGGUUUUUAUUUGUAUCAUGACUAAUGAGUUGCAAGUGUUCAGGAUGGUCAAGCUUUAUGGGCGAGACCAUAUAGGAUUAAGUGUUUACUAUGGGGCAGAUUCUGUAAGUUUUUGCUGCGCAAGUGCUCAUGUCUGUUUCUCAUAGUUCUGAACAACAGUGUGCUGUGCUGGAUCACACCUUCUGGAACCCAACUAAUUGAAAUUUAUGCGCCUAAAAACCGUGUUUGUUGUGGUUGUGCCUCCUGCUACCUAAUAAUUGCUGUCCUCUUAUGCUGUAUUGAGAGUGAACUAGGGUUUGUGGAGUGAGUGUAAUUGUUCUAUUAGAGUUCCAUUGGUCUGUCUAGAAAAUGUCAUCCAUCCUACACAACGUUGAUUUUCAUAGCCUGUUAUAAACUAACUACAUGUGUCAGUAGAGAGAACAGUAUAGCUCCACUAGUUGGUUUGCAUCUUCUUCGAUUAGGGGAACAUUGUCCUUUGCCCCUUGAUGUAGGUAUGAAGAUGCAAUUCUCAUGGUGGUUCGAAAUCCUACUAUCAAACCAUGGAGAGAACUGGCUAGGAUAACAUUGUACUGAAGAGAUGCCUCCGAAGUCCUGAAGAUUUUAAUGAUUUAUGUUUGGGGUAGGUUCAGUUCUCAAAGGAGACUUGGUGCAGAGUUGAAAGUGGAGGUUGGGACGUCUAUGGGUCAUUUCCAGUAUAUUUCAUUUGGUCCUGGGACCUCAAGGAAUCAAGUGAUCAUGCAAAUACUAUUGCUCUCUCACAGCUGGAGGCUCCAGAGUUUCUCAGUGCUGCUCUGUAGUUUUUGUUUGGAAGUUAAUAGAUCUGCUUGUUUUGAUGAAUCCUUCUCUUGGAGUAAUGCUGAUUGGAGCUGUUCAACCUUGGAUGUUGUUGUUGCUGAUUUCUUUGGUCUGCAGCAGUAUAGAAGAAAGCAACAAUGUCAUGGAGUGUUUGCCUGGCUUGUUCAGGCCACUAGAUGUGUUUUAAGUUUUAGAAUAUUUGCUAAAUGUUUUAUAUGUGCAGGUGCCCUAGGUUUUUUGCCAACUUCAGCUGCCUGGUCUCUGCAUAGUAAUUUACAAUGGCGGAAGUAACAGCCAAUUAUUCCAACCAUCAACAGUUUGAGCCGAAGGACAUAUCCUGCAGAGUGGAGGAAACUGAGGCAGUGAUCUCAGACUCUCAGCUGGAAAAUGGGGAGUGCAGGUUAUCAGAUCAUAUGGAUAUGAAUGAAUUACUAAAGAGGGGGCACAUGGAAUAUGGAUGCCAACACUAUCGAAGACGGUGCCGCAUUAGAGCUCCUUGUUGCAAUGAGAUCUUUGAUUGUCGUCAUUGUCAUAAUGAGGCUAUGAACAAUAUCAAUGUUGAUCAGAAGCUUAGACAUGAUAUCCCACGCCACCAAGUCAAAGAGGUGAUAUGUUCACUUUGUGGGACUGAACAAGAAGUUCAACAAGUUUGUAUUAAUUGUGGUGUGUGCAUGGGAGAGUACUUCUGCGAGACUUGCAAGCUAUUUGAUGACGAUACAUCUAAGAAACAGUAUCAUUGUGAUGGGUGUGGUAUUUGCAGAAUUGGUGGACGUGAGAAUUUCUUCCAUUGCUACAAGUGUGGUUGUUGCUACUCAAUCCUUUUGAAGAAUAGCCACCCAUGUGUUGAAGGUGCGAUGCAUCAUGACUGCCCCGUUUGUUGCGAGUACUUAUUUGACUCGACGAAUGAUGUAACUGUCAUGCCAUGUGGGCACACCAUUCACCAAAACUGCUUGAAGGAGAUGAGGGAACAUUACCAAUAUGCUUGCCCCCUCUGUUCCAAGUCCGUCUGUGACAUGUCAAAGGUCUGGGAGAAAUAUGACAUGGAGAUUGCAUCUACACCAAUGCCGGAAUCAUUCGUAAACAAAAUGGUUUGGAUCCUCUGCAACGAUUGUGGUAAGACCUCGAAUGUACAUUUCCAUGUGGUGGCACAGAAGUGCCCAAAUUGCAAGUCCUAUAACACUCGCGUAACAAGGGGCUGAGGAAGUGUGGCGCUGGUUGCAAAUUUGGCUAUGAUAUCAGCUGUGACGGUUAUCUGCUCAUGGGCUGGGGUUAGACAUACCCUCUCAACACCUGAUACUCGAUCAUGGUGGCUUGGAGUGGGUACUUGACAUGCGAUUUUGGGGACCCUAUGGCUUGUGUUGUUCCGGUUUCUUUCUUCUUUUUUAUUUAUUUGUUUAUUUUUUAUUUUCUCCCUGUUGUCAGCUUCUUUAUGUUUCAUUUAGGCAAGACGGUGUAAAUAGCACCACCACAACCAUGGUGGCACUUUGUUAUUCCAGUUUAUCUGUUCUUUUAUUAAUUGCGUUGUCGUGGGAGAUGCUUUAUGUACGCGCG